AUAUGUUGUCAUAUAAUAGUUAUAGAAAGUUUUAAGUGCUUUAAAAUGUUUGAGAUGAAUCUAUUUGUUGCCCCAGUACCCUCUUAUCCAAUCAUGAAUAUUUCCUAUGAUAUUCAAUGUUAAUGAAUGUAACACUUGCAAAUGAAACGUGUUUUUUCAGUGUUAUUUUAUACAACAAGUUGGAGCACACAAACAAUACAUAUCGAGGGGAGGACAUGGAGACAAUAACGGCAUAAUAAUGAUAAUUAAAAACGACCAAACCGCAAGGGUUACUAGACUUGAUUCGGACUUUACUGUUCAUCGCAAAAUCGACUUUGCCCUUUUUGGCCUUUUUCGCUUUCCGUCGCAGCCACAGUCUCCAGUACAAAGUACGAUUUUCAGAAACUCCAAAGUGGUGUUUUCUAGUCUCUUCUUUACUGAAAUGGCAUCUUAAUCCGCCGCUGCUGUUUUCAUGGCAGACGUGUGUUAUGUGGGGGUGGAUGUGGGCACUGCCAGUGUGAGGGCCGCUCUGGUGACCCGGGCAGGCCGGGUGAAGAGCACGGCAGAGGAGCCCAUCAGCAUCUGGGAGCCCCUCACCGACCACUAUGUGCAGUCCUCCACUGAGAUCUGGGACAAAUGCUGCAUUGCUGUCAAGAGAGUUACCGAAGGUGUGGACAGGAGUCAGGUACGAGGGAUCGGCUUUGAUGCCACCUGCUCUCUCGUUGUUCUGGACCAAAGCUUCCAGCCUGUGCCAGUUAGUCAGCAUGGUGAUGAACAAAGGAACGUGGUCAUGUGGAUGGACCAUCGAGCUGCAGAGCAGGCCGCUCGUAUAACCAGCGCUGGCCAUGGGGUCCUGAGCAGGGUGGGGGGGGUCAUGUCGCCAGAGAUGCAACCCCCCAAGCUGCUGUGGCUCAAAGAGAAUCUAAGAGAGCGCUGCUGGAACAAAGCUGCCCACUUUUUUGACCUUCCAGAUUUCCUGUCUUGGAAAGCUACAGGCUCCUUGACACGGUCUUUAUGUACUUUGGUCUGUAAGUGGACUUAUUGCCCUCCUGAAGGAUGGGACGCUGGUUUCUGGACGAGCAUUGGACUGGAGGAUCUCCUGGAGAACAACUCUUCCAAAUUAGGCAACAUGACGUGUUCUCCAGGGAGCCCACUGGGGGACGGCCUCACCCAGGAGGCAGCAGCAGAUUUGGGACUGGAGACAGGAACUGCAGUGGGGGCUUCUCUCAUUGAUGCUCAUGCUGGAGGCCUUGGUGUGAUAGGUGCAGAUGUUAAAGGCUUGAACUUGCCCUGUGAGGACCAGCCCAUCACAUCACGCAUGGCCAUGAUCUGCGGGACAUCAACCUGCCACAUGGUGGUCAGCGAGCAGCCUCUCUUUGUGCCAGGGGUGUGGGGGCCCUGUCUGUCUGCCAUGGUGCCGGGCAUGUGGCUCAACGAGGGAGGACAGAGCGCCACAGGAAGGCUGAUCGAGCACAUGGUGAAAGGCCACGCCGCCUACACGCAGCUCCAGGAAGAGGCACGGCAGAGAUUUCCCUUAAAUGGCGAGAACGUCUACACCUAUCUGAACAGCCACCUGAGUUCCAUGGCUGUCGGUUCUGCUGUUGACCUGCUGGGCUCCAGCCUUCACGUGUGGCCGGACUUCCACGGCAACAGGUCGCCCCUGGCUGACCCCAACCUGAAGGGGAUGGUGAUUGGGCUCCCACUGUCCCAAACCUUGGAUGACUUGGCUCUCCUAUAUCUGGCUACAAUACAAGCCCUGGCUCUUGGUACGCUUCAUAUUCUAGAGGCCAUGAAGGAAGCAGGACAUGACAUCAGGACCCUCUUCCUGUGUGGCGGGUUGAGCAAAAAUGCUCUGUAUGUCCAGAUUCACGCUAACGCUACAGGACUGCCUGUGGUGCUGCCUGACCAGAAAGAGGCGGUGUUAAUAGGAGCAGCAGUCCUGGGUGCAUGUGCUUCACAGGACUACAGCAGCAUACAGGAGGCGAUGGAGAGGAUGGCUAAAGUGGGGAAAGUUGUUCAGCCUGACUGUGAGCUUCGGAGCUUCUAUGAGAGAAAGAACAAAGUGUUCCUGCGUCUGUUCGCCCACCAGAGGGAGUACCAGGCCCUCAUGAGCCAGAGAUGACUCGGCUGCUGGGACUGACUCACUCUGACGACGAACAGCUACCUGAGGCUACACACAGCACAUGCAGAAGACACAGAAAACCUCCGUGGAGGAGAACUGUUGUAUCUUUCCAUGAAGAGGAGGGAGGGGGAUGCAGGACUAAAUGUGAUGACAUCAUAGCAUGAGUGGCCCCUCAGCUCCGUCCAAAGUCACACACCAUCAAAUACCUUCAGAUGAAUUCCUAAUAAAUAAUUAAACGGA